CUCCACAACACCUUCAUUUGCAUUUUGAGUCAGUCUCUACUUGGAAGAGCCGGUCGAUGAGCAUCUCAGUAAUGACCUCUGAUAAGAUGGAAGUGAACACAGCACCUCAGAGAAGAGUGUACAUCAGUCUUCCAAAGAAAUACAUGGCUAGUUUGGCUAAACAUUAUGAACUGGACCAUGGAUUGGUUAUAAAAGAUCUGAACCCUUACUUAAAUGAAGGAUAUGUACAGGCUUACUUCAGAGAAUGGGGAACCAUCACAGCGUGUAAGAUUAAGAAGAACCCGAACUCAGGGAAUAAUAAGACACUAGCAUAUGUGAGGUUUGCUACUGAGGAAGAAGCAGACAGAGCAGACUGGGCUGGUCCUCACUUUCUUGGAGGCUCCGAAGUGGAGGUGAAACGAGUUGUUAGUCCAAAAAUUGUGGAGGAUUCAGAUGAGAAGAACGCGGCAGUCACUGCUUUGCCUCAACCACGCCGUUCAAUGGGUCUGGGCUACAUACUCGAAGAUGCUCAAUGGUUGGAUGAUGAUAUGGAUGAAUAAACAAAUUGCAGCUCUGCAACUUUUUUCUUUGAGUUAAAAAUUCCAAAUUGAUGUGUACAUUGUAGUGGACAAACCCAGGAGCAUAGGAAGAAGCUGAAUUCUUUUAGAAAUGUAGUGGUGUUUUGGUCUGGCAGUCUAUCUGUAUAUCUGUAUUGUGAGAGAGAGAUCUAAACAAUGGUUAUCAUUUGAUGUAUUUCUUGUAUAUAUUUUACAAAUGUUUUCAAAUUAAGGGGUAAAUGUUAGUCUGUCAGUCAGUACCUGCUCUAACAUAUCAACCUUCUGUGUAGGCAAGCUACUCUGUUCAACAGUUAGUUUAUGUUGUUGUACUUUUGUCUGAGCCAGUGGUAAAACAAAUCAUAGUUAUUUAUAUUUCUACGUCUCUUUAAUGUGUUGAUCUGACAAACCUUUAGAUGACAGUGUUGUUUGUUGUCAAUUCAAUAAGACAGUAAUGUCACUGUGUUAUUGUGACAUGUUUGUGAAGAAAUCCUAUUCCUAGACAAGCUGAACUCUUGAACUUAUUUCUAUUUGAGGGUUGUUCACUGACCUUUGGGGUUAGUUACAGAUAUCUUCAACAUAGGCCUACUGGCUUAGAAACUGUGUGGAUCAUGAGGUACCUAGACUGAGCUAAACUUGAACUCUGACAUCAUCUGUAUGACUGUACUUGUUUGUAAGAAGGCAUAACAGUUUGUGGAAAUGUCCAUUU